GCCGCCUUUCUUGCCCGCAGAGGAGAAAAAAAUCCGCCUCCCAAUCCAACCCACGCCAUAUCGGAUUCUCUUCUUCUUUCUUACCUUACCCAAAAAACUUUCCCGAGAAAAUUAAAAGGAAAAAACCAGAAACUUCUUUAACAUUAAUGGACGCGACGACGCCCGUGAACUGGGAAGCACUCGACGCCCUGGUCAUCGAUUUCGCUAAAUCUGAGAACUUGAUCGAGGACUCCUUCGCGUCUUCUUCAUCGCCGUCGUCCGUACAUUCAUCGCCUUCCUCAUCUUCCUCCCCCUCUCUCUCCUCGUCUUCUUAUCAUUCCAGAUUGAUCAUUCGCCAGAUCAGACGGUCCUUGGAGUCCGGUGAUGUCGACGCCGCUAUCGAUAUCCUUCGCACCCACGCCCCUUUCAUUCUCGAUGAUCACAGGCUUCUCUUCCGUCUACACAAGCAGAAAUUUAUUGAACUCUUGAGAAGAGGAACUUUAGAGGAUCGUGACUCUGCAAUUAAUUGCUUGAGGACUUCUCUUGCUCCUUGUGCUCUUGAUGCAUACCCGGAAGCAUACGAGGAAUUCAAGCACGUUCUGCUUGCCUUUAUAUAUGACAAAGCGGACCAGAGUUCUCCAGUUGCAAAUGAGUGGUCUGAAAGGAGGAGGUUCGACAUUGCUGGCCUAUUAUCCACUGUAUUAAGAGCUCAUUUACAUGCAUAUGAUCCUGUAUUUUCAAUGACAUUAAGAUAUUUGAUAAGCAUACACAAGGGAUUUUGCUUUCGUCAAGGAAUAUCGUCACCCAUAUCAGAUCUUCCUGAAAGGUUGCUCCUUGAGGAGCGUGACCCUCCUGCAACACCCCAGGAGACGUUGUAUGAAGCACCUCCCUUUGAUGAGGUGGACAUUCAAGCACUUGCACAUGCUGUAGAGCUUACGAGACAAGGGGCAGUUGAUAGCUUAAGAUUUGCAAAGGGUGACUUAUUUCAGGCAUUUCAGAAUGAAUUAUGUCGGAUGAACUUGGAUGUCUCCAUGCUUGAUGAGCUUGUACGUGAAUAUUGUGUUUAUAGGGGCAUUGUGGAUUCUGUUUUUGCCUCCCCUUCUGGAAUUCAAACCCUUUCCAAACAGUUGAAAGUCGAUCAUCCAGUGCUUGGGUCUAGCUCAUCAAGAGAUCUCUCUCUCGAAGUGGAUUGUGGUGCCAGCAAAAAUUCAGAUGCUGACUCUUCCAUUAGUAAUGCUCACGUGGGUGGUUCACCUGAAAAGAAUGUUGAUGUGACUAGCAUGCAAGGAAUUGAUGUUGAACUACGAUAUGCAUUUGAGCCAACAACCAUUCAUGAAGACUGUAGCACCAGUGGAUCUCAUCAACCUGAAAAUCUGAGAAUUCAACAAAGAAGUAGAAUCAGUGCUGGAGAAAGGAGUAAGCGUAAGCGAUGGAGGGGGAGAAAUGACGAUGUAGGUUUUACUCCUACCACUUCUGUAGAUGAAUCUAGUAAGCAAGAUCUUAGCACGAGUAACACGGAACGUCAGGUUUUAGACAGGCAUCCCAUCCUAGAUAUUAAGAAUAGGGAGGAUAGAUAUGAGAUUAUUCUGGGGAUGAAGGAACUGGCUAGUAGAGGAAUGGCAGCAGAGGUUGUGGACGAAGUUAAUGCCCUAGAUCCAAACUUUUUUGUGCAAAAUCCUAUUUUUUUGUUCCAGCUUAAGCAGGUUGAAUUCCUAAAGUUGGUGAGUUCUGGGGAUUAUUCUGGUGGUCUGAGGGUUGCAUGCUCUCACUUAGGUCCUUUAGCUGCUAGUGAUCCCUCUUUACUGAAACCUUUGAAGGAGACUUUAUUGGCACUGCUCCAGCCUAAUGAAGAGGCAGUUGGAAAGGGCCUGCCUUUACAUGCUCUUGCAAGUUCACUCCAAGUUGCAAUUGGUAAGAGGCUUGGGAUCGAAGAACCCCAGCUUAUGAAGAUAAUUAGAACCACCCUUAACUCACAUAAUGAGUGGUUUAAGCUUCAAAUGUGCAAAGAUCGGUUUGAAAGUCUCUUGCAGAUUGAUUCCUUGAAAGAAGCUAAUCCUUCUUUGCUUACUAGUAUAACUACAUCAAAGAUGAAUACGGACAGAUCUUCGAAUGGAUCUCCCCAGGCCACUUUAUCUUCUAGCAGCAGGAUGUCAGAAGAUGGUAGCAGUCCCACUCAAACGUCAUCUAGAGAUGUUAUAUGUGAUGAAAAUGCAAUACUAAAAGUAAUGGAAUUUCUCGCAUUGCCGAGGGCUGAUGCCAUCCAUCUCCUCGCUCAGUACAAUGGGAACGCUGAGACAGUCAUUCAGCAAAUAUUUGCUUAGUUUGAAUUGUCUGAAAUGCCCCAACGGUUUGCUUAUAUAUUUAUCAUCACCGUUUUUUUUUUUUUCCUCCUUUUUCCUUUACGGGGUUGGUAGUUGUUGAUUCAAUUUAUGCGUUGUACUUUUACCUUGUAUAUAUAGAGGUAGGUUCAAAGGGUAAGCCCGGUAUAGUGGGAGGUUCGGGCAAUACUUGUAUUGUUGUUUGUACAAUAUCAGAGGUUUUUCCUUUGUCUCUGGAAAAGCAAUAAUUAAUAAAAAUGGAAUUAUUGGAUUG